GCUGUCUUCGCCGAAUAACACUUCUAUCAAUCCAAUAUUAUCAUCGUCAAGCAAUCAUGUCUCAACCAAAUGAUGAUAUCAAAAAGCAAAAUACUCCCAAUGAAACCGAACCAUUGUUACCUCAACCUGGUCCAUCUCAAUCUCAAUCUCAAGCUCAACCUGUUCAAGAUAGGCCUAAGACUGUAAGACAUCAUCGUAGAACUUUAUCCGGUCGAUCAGUUAGAUCUGGUCAUUUCCAAUUUGGUCCUAGUUAUCAUCCGAAUAUCUAUCCCGCUGUCAAUGAUCCAUUUACUAGACAAUCUAAGAGAGCCGCCGAUGCUCGUGCUCGCUCAAGGUUCUUUAAAGCUCUUUUGUUAGGUGUAGGGUUAUGGAUUGUGAUCGGAUUGGUACUUGGAUGGACUAGUUGGCAAGAAUCAGGUUGGGGAGAUGGAAACAAUCGAUUGAAUUAUGGAGCUAAACCUGAAAUCCCCAAACAAGAAGGAAAUGUAGUCCAAUGUGCAAGUUUUGAAAAAGAAACUAAUUUAGGAAACAAGAUUAAAUCUAAGAGUGAAUUUAUGAUUUCUUUGAAAGAAGAUAGUCAUUUUUUUAUUCAUAGUAAAGGUAGUUUUGCGAAAGGUAGAAUUUCGAUUGGAAUCUCAGAUUCCAAUGAAUCCAAGAAAGUCAAAGUUGAAGUUUUAGCACUUUACAAUGAUGAAGCUUUAAUCGAUUUAAUGAAUGUUUGUGAAGUGAUUGGUCAUGAAGGUGAUCAUCAUAAAGCUGGUUUAGCCAUUUAUACACCUUCACCGGAAGUAGGACCCUACCCAGAAUCAGAUCUUGAAUUCAGACUUAACAUCGUUUUACCCAGAUCGUUAAAGUCUCUUUAUACUUUUGAAAUCAGAGGUGAUCUAUUUACAAUCAAAACGGAUGAUCUUAGUUCUAUUGAUAUCACUCGAUUAGAUCUUGGUACGACUGUCGGUUCCAUUACGCUUUCAAACAUUUUGAGUCACAUAGUUCGAAUCAGAACUAAGAAUGGAGAUGUAGAAGGUUCUUUCAAUGUUAGUAAAACAUUGAGUUUGGCUACUACCAAUGGUGCUAUCAACGCAGAGAUCGGUCUCUUUCCACCGUCUGAAGAAGAUUCUGAAUUACCUCAAUUACCACCGAACCCACCAUCGAAAGCUUCAUCACCUGACAAUUAUACUUCAGUUCAUGCUACUACUACCAAUGGAGCCGUGAUUUUGAAAUAUACUCAUCAUCCUGUUGAUCAAACUCUUUAUAGUUUUGUUUCAUCUACUAAUGGAAAAGCCGAAGUUCAACAUCCCCCAGCUUUCGAGGGACAAUUUGAAGCUGAAACAGUUUGGGGAUCAGCGACUGUUGAAGGACCGCACAGCAAGAAAGAUCCAAAAGAAGGUGGGCAUAGGAUCAGGAAGAAGAUCGUCAGAUCUGAUCGUGACGAACUUGGUUAUCGUCAUAUCUCAGGUUCUGUUUGGUGGGACGAAGGCGAUGGAGAAGAGGAUAAAAAAGGAAAAGGAGAGAGUUUGGUGAAAACUACACUUGGAUCUGCUAAGAUUGUAUUUAAAUGAAAUUGAUCAGCAACGUCAAUUUAUUGGUUUGAACAUUGUUUUUUGGUUUAUUAAAAAAAUUCUUUUUCAAUGGUGUGAUAAAAAAAACUCCCUUUUCUCUAUUUGUCUCCCUCUCUCUUUCAAGUUAUAUUCUAUGAUCUUUUUUCUUUUAUUACUGCAUCUCUGUUUUUUUAAGUGAAGGUUGACUUUUUGUUGGUGUCUAUCCGUCUUUUGACCAGUGUUGUUAAUUUUUGUCACUGGCAAAAGAAGAUACAAGAUUCUAUCAAGAUUUGGUUUUGGUUUUGAUCAUUGAAUCAUUUGUAUCAUUUCUGAUUAUUAUGAAUUUAUGAUUUAUUUUUGAAGGUUCUCUUAAUGAAGAAUUAAUCAUAAGUUUUGAGAAAAGU